GUCACAGUUUCUCUGAGUUUGUCAGAAAAAUCUAGUAAAAAUUAACCAUGUCAGGAAGAGGCAAAACCGGCGGAAAGGCCCGUGCCAAGGCAAAGACCCGCUCUUCUCGUGCUGGACUCCAGUUCCCGGUCGGUCGUGUUCACAGGUUGCUUCGCAAAGGCAACUACGCUCAUCGUGUGGGUGCCGGCGCCCCCGUCUACCUGGCCGCUGUGCUCGAGUACCUGACCGCUGAGAUCCUGGAGCUGGCUGGAAACGCCGCCCGCGACAACAAGAAGACCCGUAUCAUCCCCCGCCACCUGCAGCUGGCCGUCCGCAACGACGAGGAGCUCAACAAACUCCUGGGCGGAGUGACCAUCGCUCAGGGCGGCGUGCUGCCCAACAUCCAGGCUGUUCUUCUGCCCAAGAAGACUGAGAAGGCCGCUAAGUCCAAGUAAACCACAACAACUCCGCAAGCAAACAAACAAAAGGCUCUUUUAAGAGCCACACACUCACUCUGAGAAACUGCUCAUCCUCCUCUAUAAAAUUUCUCUAAAAUAUG